GCAAAUAAGCUAAAAAACCAGAUUGGAGAGACGGAGAUCGGAGCAAUGGCAGAUAACCAGGCCGAAGACGAGGAAGGGGGUUUUGGCAACUUUAGAUUCGCGUCUAAUUACACCGCCAUCUUCACUCCCAACCCCAUCAACGGCCUAGAUCUCUCAUCUGCCAUCUCCAUGAAUAAAAGCAGCAUGAACUCCGGCGAAGACGAUGACGACUGGGGAGACUACGUCAACUCGUCCAGUGUCUUCUCCCGCACAGAGUCACUACCCAAUCCUCCCUCCUUCCUAUCGUCGAACCACUCAGAUUCACCGGGGUUCUUCAUGGAUCUUAGCCGCACCCACUCGAUGGAGCUGACUCGGCCCGGUUCAGGCCCUGGUCGGAUAGAGUCAGGGAAGAAGAAUCAAGCUAGCUGGGUGAAACCUCAGGGUGCUUUACCGCUGUCAAUAUUUGGGGAGCAAGAAGAGGAAGCCGAGGAGAAAUCAAGCGCAGUUGAUCCAUCAUUUAAUGGUGUAACUGAUUUUCUUCCUGCUAAAAACAACCACCACCAUGACAAUAAAUCUGCAAAGGAAGAGUCUAGCUUGGCCGUGGGUGUUAGGUUUAAUGAUUUGAUCACAAUUCUAUAUAAACAUAGCGAGCAUGGGAAGCCCGAUUAUGGAUUUAAAAAGGAUUCCAAUGACUCCAGUUUGGAUAUGAAUGCUUCUAAUUGGAGUAAAAUGAGGGAGAGUGACUAUUCGAAUGGAUGGGAUUGGAAUGGAGCCAGUUUGGAUAAAAACGUAAAAAAUUUAGGCACCACGAAGGCCAUUCCGAACUUGACCGGGUCGAAAGUGGAAUCAGAUGGGUUGAAUUCAAGCAGAAAUGCCUCAGAUUUGGGUGCUAAUGGGACAAACUUGAAUUGGAAUCCAUUAAAUCUAGAUACAAAUGGAGUGGAUUCCGGUCGAAGAAAUUCAGAUGCUAACCAGGCGAAUUUGGAUUCAAAUGGGUUAAAUCUAGGCUCAAUUCAGCAGAAUUACUAUUUUGAUGAUGACGAAGAUGGAUGGGAAUUUAUGGCCGCUGAGUCUAAGGUAACCCCUGGAGAUGAACAGACUAAGAAUGAGCAGUGGAAGACUGAAAAUGGGCCAUCAUCUAACUCUAAUGUGUCAAAUUUGAGUUGGAAUGUAUUGGGAUCAGAUUUAAGUGGGAUGCAUCCAAAUAUUAAUGGGGUGAAUUCAGAUGUAAGUGGAUUAAAUUCUAAUCUUGUUGGUGCAAGUGAGGAUUUUGGGGAUGAUGAUGGAUGGGAAUUCAAAGGUGCUGAAUCUGAAAAGCAGGAGGUAAAUGGCAACAUGAAGGUGUACCCCAGUGAUCUCUUUGCUGCAUCAAAUGGAAUUUCAGAGAAAUCCAAGGAAUGGGAUUUUGGAUUUGAUUUCAAUUCAAAUCCUGUAACUCAAGAUGGCAGGACAUAUUCUGAAAGCAAUCAGAAUGAAACCAAAAAUUGGUUGAAUUCAUCUGCAGUUCAUAGGAACAUUAACUCUGGGGAAAACUUCUGGGACUUCAAGGGUGAAUCUUCAGAAACUGAAUUAAAGACCAAGGAUGAACCAAAGGUUUCUGAGGAUUCUUGUGUUGGAGUUGAAGCAUCCUUAUUUGAUGGUAACAUGCAGAAGAAUGAGCCCAAGGUGGAGAAGCAUAAAAUGCCCUUGCCUCUGUCAAUUUUUGGCGAUGAUGAACAGGAGAAGGAUCAUUCUUUAUUUAAUCAAGAUUUUUCAUCUUCUGAGCACGGUAUAUCCUUAGGAGAAAAAUUAAAGUCUCCUGGUUCAAAUACAUCGAUCAAUGAUCUUAUAUCAACUUUAUACAUUCAAGCUGGGGAAAAGGUCUCUGUCAAUUCUACUGCAAUGCCAAGUGAAAAUGGAUGUGGCUCCACCCAGUCUGUGAUAAACCCCAAGUUAGUCAGUGAGGACAAUGAUUUUGAUGAAGAUUCCUGGGAGUUUAAAGAUGCCUUUUCGGGAAGUGGAGCUGAAAAACAGAACUCUUUUCUAAGUGUUGGGAAGUUCCAUAACUAUCCUGUUUCCAAUGAAGAGCUAAAUAAUUUUGUCAAUCUCUACUCUAAAUUAAAAGAUGAGUUAUCCUACAUUGCACUGACCCAUCUAGACAAUCUGAAGAAAGGUCGAAGCAUUGCUGCUCAUUCCGGUGAAGAUAUGGAAUUGAAAAUGCUUGAUAAGGAAAUCCAGGCAGAGAAGGAUUCAAGAUUAACAGUUGAACUCUUAAAACAUGCUGGAUUGACUCUGAAAAUGCUAAAAUUGGCAUCAUUGGAGGAGCAAUCUAAUUAUGUUUCUACAUGGUCUAAAAUUGUGUCAGCUUGUGCUCAAGAGCUGAAACAUGGCACCUUGAUUUGGAAUCAGGCAUUACAAAAGGAUGUACACAGUCAAAUAUUAUCUAAAAACCAAGGGAAGAAGUAUCUUCUUGCCCUCGGGGAAAUUUACAGGGUUCUUCAAAUUCUGGGGAGUUCAGCCAGACUUUACAAGCCAUGGGUAUUGUUAAGUUCUACUGAUCCCACAAUUAUGUUGGCUCUUCUAGAUGAAUGUUCGGUUCUAUGGUCAAGUUCAGGACUUGAAGAAGCUCUCCAGAGUAUAUCUGAUCUGUCUUUGUCCGAGUAUGAUGGAACUGUCAAUGCUUUGCUGGAAUCCAUCAAGCAUGUUGGUGAUCUUGAUGCACUUGCACUUUAUAAUCAUGCUUUCUCUGGACAGGAACCUACCUGUCAACUAUCUGGCUUAACCGUGGGAACAGUACCAGGCAUGAAAAUGGUGGUUUGGAAUGGGAAACACUACUUCUUGACACUUGCCAACCUGUGGGCAAACCUUGUGAGUCCUGAUCCUCCAACUUUACAACACAUUCAUGUUCAUUGAUGGAAUGCAAGAGAAAGUUGGAGGAUGUACUUUUGAGGCUCUUUAGUUGAGACGAUAUUUCUUUCGGAAACGAGGUUCAAUUUCGGAUCACUAGCCACUGUUGCCCUACCCUGCACUGGGACUGCCACCAUUUGGAAGCUUCCACGAUCGGGAUAUAUCCAUGUCACCGGAACUGCCACCAUUUGGAAGCUUUCAUGAUCGGAAUAUGUCCAUGUCGUGAUCACACUCCGGCUACCUGGUUCAACGGUCAGAGUUCUAAAAUUCAAGAUUUUCUAUACGUUAUUGCCAUUAUUGCUCCGCAUUCUUUUCGUGAAAGCUGUAGCAUAUUUAGUUGAAUGUAGAGGUGUUGUGUAUUCUUUGUAUUGAUUUAGCUGUGAAAUCAGUGAAUAAAAAUAAGAAGCAAAUAUAUAUAUAUAUAUAUAUAGUGACAAAUACAAAUAGGGUUGUAAAGCAAAGACAGGAGAUAGUUGUUGGUUUCUCUUGUUUCUCUUCCUAUGUAUUUCAGAACAAACUGGAUUGAUGGAUUUUUCUCUCACCCCUCUUGCAGGGCAAAUA